UGUCAGUAUGGGCUCGGGUGCACUGCCUCUCAUUCUCUUGCUGAUGUCCUUCAUCCACGCUGGACUCACUCAAGAGAGCCCAAAAGCUGUAUUGAAGGUGAUUCCAGAUGAGCGUGUGUUCAGAGGAGAGAGAGUCACUCUCACAUGUGACAUACAGGGAGCAGGAGACAUUCAGUGGAGAUACAGCUGGUUUAGAAAUGGAAAACCUCUAAACAGAACAACAGCAGAGAUCAGUUUCACAGCUGAUGUGUCUGACAGUGCUGAAUACAGCUGUAGAGGAGAGAGAUCAGACUCACAGAGAUCAUCAAACAUCAGUUCUGCUGUUACACUGACUGUAUCAGAUUCAUCCAGAUCUUCACUGACUGUGACUCCAGAAAGUCCUGUAUUCACUGGAGAGACAGUCAAUCUGAAGUGUGUGAUUGAAACUUACAGUUACAGUGACUGGAGAUGGAGAAUUGACCAAACAUAUAAUUGGAGAUAUGAGUGGUAUAAAGACCCAGACAGUGUAAUAUCACAGACGUCUGAUCGUUACACUGUAAACAGAGACACUCUCACUAUCAGAGGAGUAACUACAUCUGAUCAGGGUCGGUACUGGUGUAGAGGACCGAGCUCUGCUGUUUAUCUCUCAGUGAAAGAUUCCCCCAGAUCUACACUGACUGUGACUCCAGACAGUCCUGUAUUCACUGGAGAGACAGUCAAUCUGAAGUGUGUGAUUGAGACUGACAGUAACUGGAGACAGAGAAAUGGACUGAUAUAUGAAUGGAGAUAUGACUGGACCAAUUACAAGACAUCUAAGUGGAGAUAUGAGUGGUAUAAAGACACAGACAGUGUAAUGUUACAGACGUCUGGUCGUUACACUGUAAACGGAGACACUCUCACUAUCAGAGGAGUAAAUACAUCUGAUCAGGGUCAGUACUGGUGUAGAGGACGGAGAGAUCAGAGACCAAACUCAUCAAGAUCUUCUGUUAAUCUCACUGUGACAGAUUCCCCCAGAUCUUCACUGACUGUGACUCCAGACAGUCCUGUAUUCACUGGAGAGACAGUCACUCUGAAGUGUGUGAUUGAGUCUCACAGUAACUGGAGAUAUGAGUGGUAUAAAGACACAGACAGUGUAAUGUUACAGACGUCUGAUCGUUACACUGUAAACAGAGACACUCUCACUAUCAGAGGAGUAAUUACAUCUGAUCAGGGUCAGUACUGGUGUAGAGGACAGAGAGAUCAGAGACCAAACUCAUCACAGGACAGUAACCGAAUACAUCUGUCUGUUAAUGGUUCAGGUCAGAUUUCUGUCUUCAGCAUCCUCAGUUUUCUUCUGGCAGCUUGUCCGUAUCUGCUGUCGACAGUCGUGCUGCUGUUCAAAUGUUACAGAGCGAGAGUUACAUCUACUGAAGACCAAAGCCAGUACGCUGUAACAGAAGAACAAACUUCAAUCUGAUUUCAUCCAUUCUUCAAACCGUGUGCAGAGUCUCAGGAUGCAGGAGUCUCAGACUGAAGGAAACUCACAAGACUAACACACACACAUUCACACUCUCACACACGCAGACAAUAAGUGUUUCUGAUUAUCCUGGGGUCUUGUGUAUACAACUUUACAUAGAUUUAACUCCUAAAUGUUAUUUAUUAUAUGAUUUCAUAUGAUAAAUUAUUUUUAUAUUGUAUUAUAAUAGUUUUAUUUUUAUAUUAUAUCUAAUAUUUUUUUAUAUUAUGUUAUCAUAUGAGUUCAUCCUAGAUAUCAUCCUAAAUUAGGAAACAAACACAAUCAAUAAAAUCAAUCCAUUUUACUUCAGUUGAUCAGUUCUUCUACAGACCCACGGAUGAGAAAUGUUCAAACUAAUGGCAUUUCAGCCCAGAGAUGAUUUAUUCAGUUUUAACCUGAUUGUCAAUAAAAGCUGAGACAGAGACAUCAAUAAUAUCUGAUUUAUUAAUAUUUCAUUGAAUUUGAGGAACAGGUUCAUUAUGACACUUUAAGUGAACAGACCUCCAGAGAUAAGACGGAGCAGACUUUGUCUCAGAUAAAACUAACAACAGUAACGUGAUGUCAAAUUACAUCUUCACAUGUUUUUAAUUGAUGAUGCUUUUUUAUGUGCUUUUUUAUUUAUUUUUCAUUAAUAAUAACCUUCUAUAUGUCUUCUGUCAUCUGAUUUGUAUCAUACUUUUUUAACAAAUAAAAGGUCUUUACACAUUUACUGGAUUGAAAUAACUUUACCUGUUUAUCCAAACAUAAUUAUAUUUUAUUUUCUCAGUAAUUAUUGUAUUGUACUGCAUUACAUGUUUUGAAACCAAAGAGCUGUAAUAUAAACUAUUAAAUAUCAUCUUACUAAGACAUUGAGAGACAGAGUGACUGAUAUUUAUAUCAUUUUAUGUAAGUUUCUGUUAGACUGUUAUAAAGAUCUCAUUGUCUAUUUAUUAGCAUUAUUAUUAGUACUUUAUUUCACUGUAUACAAAUAUAUAGA